AUGUCUAUGAUGAAUGCAUCCGUAUCCAUUAAAACCACCACCCUAGCUACAAUACAAAUUGUUAGUAGUGAAAUGACUUACUAUGGACCAAUCAUUCUACUAGUCAUUGGUAUCUUUGGUUGUAUGUGCAACUUUAUUACUUUCACAGCACCACAACUACGAAACAAUUCAUGUGCUUUCUAUUUCCUUAUGUCCGCUGUGUUUGAAUUAGUAUCCAUUAGUUUUGGACUCAUAUCUCGUUUUGCUGCUGAUCAUCUUGGUAGUACAUUGAUUAAUACAAGUCCAGUUUAUUGUAAACUGCGUGCAUAUCUAGUUUCAGUACUUCCCUUGAUAGCCACAUAUUUCAUUUUGUUAUCAUCGAUUGAUCGAUGUAUGUCGUCGUCGGUGAGUGCUCGUCUUCGUUCAUUUAGUCAAAUGAAAAUAGCUUAUCGAGCAACAUUAGUGGCUAUUUUAAUUGGCUUUCUAUCAUGUAUUCAUAUUCUAAUUGCGUACGAUCUUCGACCACGAUGUGGUGUGUUAAAUGGUUCGUUUUCAAUAUUCGAUGGAAUGUUUGUUGUAUUUUGGCUCGGUAUUAUUCCUCAUAUAUUGAUGUUUACCUUUGGUCUUCUUACUUUUAUGAAUGUUCGACGAACCAAACGACGCAUAGCCAAUAAAACAUUGCAACAUACAGGUACAGUAGUCGAAUCUCAACGACGACAAGAAAAAACGGAUACAGAAUUAAUUGUGGUAAGUAGUUAA